AUGGGGUAUAUUAUAGCAGACAAUGAAUGCAAUAAAACAUUGGGAAUAUUUUGGAGAGCAAAUUCUGAUGCGUUGCAAUAUGUAGUGGAGAAACGAUUUAGGAAUUAUGCUGAUGUAACAAAGCGUGUGAUAUUGUCGAUAACAUCACAAAUAUUUGAUCCGUUAGGCUUACUGAGUCCUGUCAUCAUAAGAACAAAGAUUUUGCUACAAAGACUUUGGCAGUUGAAAUUAGCUUGGGACGAAACAAUUCCGAUAGAUUUGGCUACAACAUGGAAUGAAUUUUAUAAGCAAUUUGCAUGUCUUAAUGAAAUCAGGAUUCCCAGGCAAAUUGCAAUAUUAGAUGCUGUUAGAUUUGAGAUUCAUGGGUUUUCUGAUGCCAGUGAGCAAGCUUAUGGUGCCUGUUUGUAUCUUCGUUCCAUUAAUGCAGCUGGUAACAUUCUAGUACGUCUGAUUUGUGCCAAGUCUCGUGUAGCUCCGAUAAAGCAGAUUAGUUUACCGCGUUUGGAACUAUGCGGAGCUGUGAUAUUAGCUCGUUUAACAAAAAAGGUUAUUGCUGCGUUAGAUAUAAGUCCUGAUGAUAUAUAUUUGUGGACAGACUCUACAAUUGUGCUGGGGUGGAUUGCGGAACAGCCAAGUAGGUGGAAGGUUUUCGUGGCUAAUAGAGUCGCAGAGAUACAAGAACUCACUACAGGUUAUUAUUGGAAACACGUUGAAUCUGCCGACAAUCCAGCUGACAUCAUAUCGAGAGGCACACAACCUAUAUUGCUUAAAAACUUAGAUUUGUGGUGGUUAGGACCUCCAUGGCUUAGAGAUAAUCUAGACAAAUGGCCAAAAACUGAGCAUAAUAUGUAUACAAGUUCUAUUCCUGAACAACGAAAUGUUAAGUUUACUUUUACCAGCGUACUUAUCGAUUCUGAAAUUUUUACACGGUAUUCUUCAUUAUAUAAAUUAGUUCGGAUUGUAGCAUUAUGCUUUAGAUUUAGUAAAAACUCCAGGUGUACGGUAGGUAACAGGAAUUUUGGUGACAUAUCAAAUACAGAAUUUGACGAAGCAUUGUUGCUUUGA